CUCGUAUUAGCAAAUACACACUAGUAAUUAAGUAAACAAAAUUGGACACCUCAUAUAUCAUCAGAUCACUAAACUCCCACGUAAACACAUUAAUAGUCACAGACUCACAGCAAUAUUCUUCAUUUGUGGCCCCCGUUACAUUUCAAUCCCCACCACACAACCACAUGUAUGUUUUGCCAAAUUUAUAAAAAUGUAGCACAAUUUGGAAUCUCUUUACUUGGAAUUUGAGUGAAAACCAUAAGAUGGGUUUUAGAGCACUGCCUCUUCAACACAGCAGUGGGUUCAUCUCCACGACCAAAGUAUCCAUCUCAAGAACCUCGCCCAGGAUUUUCCGGAACCCUAGAUGGGUCGUUGUCUCAGCAAAGCAAGAGAAAGAUGAGGAUAAGAAGAAGAAUGAAGAGGAGACUUCGUUGUUUACUCAAUUAACGGAUGCCUUGGACUUCUCACAAGUUCGAUCGGAGAAAGACGCUGAGCUUCUCUACGAGGCUCGAGAAGCCACCAAAUCUGGUCGCAAGAUGACCCAAGAACAGUAUGGGGCAUUGAGGAGAAAAAUCGGAGGAACAUACAAGGACUUUUUUAAAUCCUACGUUGAAGUGGAUGGGCAAUAUGUGGAGGAGGGAUGGGUGGACAAAACAUGUAAGAUAUGCAAAAAGGACACAAAGGGUGAGGCAAGACAAGUGGACAAGUUAGGGAGAUAUGCUCAUGUCUCUUGUCUUCAAAAUCCUCCCUCUGGAAAUUUCUUCACCAGACUCUUCUCUAGAUGAUGAUGAUCAAUUUCCCAAAUCAUAUGAAUGUGUUUGCUUGUAACUAAAUUACUCUUGAAAUUUUGUGUGUAUUUUUAUAGAAAUCGAAAUUCGUUCUACAUACCAAAACAAACAUCACGGUUAUUUGGGAUCUUGUUAAACAAGAGACAGAAGUGGAUGUAUACAUUUUUGGUUUAAAUGUUUUCAAGUUUUUAUAAUGACCCCAUUUUCUAAAGAUAUCAAAGCCUAAACACAAUAAUGAAGAACAAAUUUUGUGUUAGAAGUGUGUAACAGUUUCACGGUCGUCUUGAGUUGUUG